GCCCCUCCCCGGCCCGUCCCGCCGCGCCGGCAGCCGCCGCCGCCGCUGCCCAGGUUGUGAACAACGCCUGGAGCCCGGGACGGCGCCAGCAGUGGGUUUAUCAUGCGAGGAUGUGCCCGCGCCCUCGCUGACCUGCCCGCCGUCCCCGCAGCCUGUCCCGGCCGGCGCCAUGGGAGGAUGCUUCUCCAAGCCCAAACCAGUUGAAGUGAAAAUUGAAGUUGUGAUACCCGAGAAGGAGAGAAGCAAGGAGGAGAUGUCGCCCAACGGAAAAGCCAGCCCCCUGAUCUACAAAGUCAAUGGGACUGCCCGGCACUAUCACCUCGAGGAGCACCCCAUUGCCAGCAACCCCUACCACAACCCAAAGGAUGUGGUGGAAGCAUCCGUGUGCCACGUGAAGGACCUGGAGAACGGACAGAUGCGGGAAGUGGACCUGGGCUGCGGGAAGGCUCUGCUCAUCAAGGAGAGCGGCGAGUUCCACGCCGUGGGACACAAGUGUCCCCAUUAUGGGGCUCCACUGGUGAAAGGGGUUUUGUCCAAAGGAAGAGUCCGCUGUCCCUGGCACGGAGCUUGCUUCAACAUCAGCACGGGAGACAUAGAGGACUUUCCUGGUUUGGACAGUUUACCCCGGUUCCAGGUGAAGAUUGAGAAGGAGAAGGUGUACAUCCGAGCAAGCAAGCAGGCUCUUCAGACACAGAGGAGGACAAAGAUGAUGGCAAAGUGCAUCUCCUUGAGCAACUAUAACCUGAGCAGUACCAACGUGUUGAUCAUCGGUGCAGGGGCUGCUGGACUGGUCUGUGCGGAGACCUUGCGCCAGGAGGGUUUCUCAGACAGGAUUGUGAUGUGCACGAUGGACAGACACUUGCCCUACGACAGACCCAAGCUCAGUAAGUCGAUGGAUUCCCACCCAGAGCAGAUUGCCCUGCGCCCCAAGGAGUUCUUCCGCACCUACGACAUUGAAGUCCUGACCGAAAUGCACGUUGCCGCUGUGGAUAUCAAGAACAAGACAGCCGUGUUCAAGGAUGGAUUUAAGAUGGAAUACAACAAGCUGCUGAUAGCGACUGGAAACACGCCCAAAGCUCUCAGCUGCAAAGGCAAGGAGGUGGAAAACGUUUUCAACAUCCGCACACCCGAAGAUGCCAACCGUGUCGUGAAGCUGGCCACGAGCAAGAAUGUGGUUAUCGUGGGAGCAUCCUUCCUGGGGAUGGAGGUGGCCGCCUACCUCGCGGAGAGGGCCCACUCGGUGUCCCUGGUGGAGCUGGAGGAAGUCCCCUUCAAGAAGUUCUUUGGGGAGAGGGUUGGCCGCGCUGUCAUGAAGAUGUUCGAGAGCAACAGGGUGAAGUUCUACAUGCAGACAGAGGUGUCGGAGCUGCGGGAGCAGGAGGGCAAGCUGAAGGAGGUCGUGCUGAAGAGCGGGAAGGUCCUGCGCGCCGACGUGUGCGUGGUUGGUGUCGGCGCAGUCCCAGCGACGGGCUUUCUCAAGCAGAGUGGCAUCAACAUCGACUCCAAAGGCUUCAUCGCGGUCAACAAGAUGAUGCAAACCAACAUCCCCGGAGUCUUCGCAGCUGGUGACGCUGUCACGUUCCCCCUGGCCUUGAGGAAUAAUAAGAAGGUGAACGUCCCUCACUGGCAGAUGGCCCAUAUGCAUGGCCGUAUAGCUGCGCUGAACAUGCUGGCCCAUGGCAUGGAGAUCAGCACCGUCCCGUAUUUGUGGACUGCUAUGUUCGGGAAGAGUAUCCGAUACGCGGGCCAUGGGGAAGGAUUCGACGAUGUCGUCAUUCAGGGAGAUUUAGACGAACUGAAGUUUGUGGCAUUUUAUACCAAGAGCGACGAGGUGGUGGCUGUGGCCAGCAUGAACUACGACCCUAUCGUGUCCAAGGUGGCUGAGGUCCUGUCUGCCGGCAGGACCAUCCGAAAGCGCGAUGUGGAGCUGUUUGUCUGUCACGGCAAAACCGGAGAUAUGUCCUGGCUAACCGGGAAAGGCUCCUAACGCCGCUGGCGGCUGCGCCCUCCUGAUGCUGCGCUGGCUGUGGGGAGACGGGAUGGCAGCUCCACGGACAGGCAGGGACACUGCGGCUGAGUCACUUCCCUUUGAGACUUGGAUGAACCCGCGCUUCCCUUCCCCGCAGACCACCGACACCUCCUCUGCCCCGCUGCCCACCGCGCUGGGGCUCUGCUGCUGCAAAUUCCCGCGGGAUGCCGGAAAAGCAGCCCCUGGAGAGAGCGGUGUUGGGCACUGCCCGCGGGCAUGGGCGCCGCAUGGCCGUGGAUGCUGCCGGCUGGCGGGGCUGGGGGGGGUGGGGGUUCCCCAGACGGGGCUGCUCCGAGCACAUCCCUGGCCCCCGUACCCAGGGCGAGAGCCUUCCGUUACUCCCUGCGCUUCCAAGCAUGUCGCCCCUUUCCCAACGCCCAUCCCCUGACAUCCGCUCCCUCUCCACACGGCUGCAGCGCUUUCCGUGGCUCUCCCCGUGCCCACCCGCCCCGGGGAACACCCGGAGGGGGGCAAGGAGACGGGGUCUCUGUACAGCCCGUGCCUGUCCCCCCAUCCAGCCCCCCCAGCAGAGGUGGGUCCCUGCCCAAACCAAGGGCUCUGGAGCUCAUGGGUCCCUGUCCCAGCCCCCGCAGCAUCUCCCCGUCCCGGAGCAGACGAGGGGCUGGGGCGCUGCUCCCCGGUUCUCGGGGCUCAGUUUGGGCUGGGGCAGCUCUCGGUCAGUGCCGGGGGUGCGGCGCGGGGCUGCCUGGGGAGGUGAGACAGCCGGACUGCAGCCCCCGGGCUUGGUGGCCAUCCUUCCAGCCGGCCUGGGGAUGUCUCCCUCCUUAACGAUUGUCGCAGGAUUAGCGCCGCUGCGGAGAUGUUGCUCAAGGAAAAAGGCAGCCAGCGGAGCGUUUCUGGCUCAUUCCUCCUGUCAUUUAGCGGCAAGGCAGCAUUUCUCACCUCGGCUUUCUAGGUCAGCGCUCUGCUGCUGUGUUUUCUGCUCCUUGCUGGACGGAGAGCCUUAUCUCCAGCUCAGGAGUGGACCUGGCCGGCCCACAGCCCCGUGUCCAUCAGCCCAGCAGAGCUGGAGGAAGAGAGAGACCCCCCCUCCUUGGAGAGUCUCCAGUGCUCUGUCCUGGGGGAGGUUUCUUCCCCCCAAAUCAGUGUUUUACCUGGAAUCCAAAGCAAGAGGAUUUAUAUUUUUAAUUUGAUUCCCCCCCUGUGAAUUAAAGCAGUACUAUCCUCGGGCUCUG